AUGGCAUUCCCACGAAAAGCUGUCUCAAUCAUAUUAUUGUGCUUCACUUUCAUGUUGUCGCAUCACCUUACCUAUGCUCGACGUAGGCCAAAUUUUAAGCCUGGUCCUUGGAAGAGGGCUCAUGCUACGUUUUAUGAGGGAGACUCAAGAUCAUUCGGUGGAGCUUGUGGUUAUGAUGAUGUAUCUGCACAAGGCUAUGGCAUGGAAACAGCAGCAUUGAGUUCAACUUUGUUUAAUAACGGUCAGAGUUGCGGUGCUUGCUAUGAGAUUAAAUGCACUGAUAGCCCUCAAUGGUGCAAGCGUGGACAGCCAUCUCUCUUUGUCACGGCCACAAACCAUUGUCCACCAAACUUUAAUCUUCCAAAUGACAAUGGAGGUUGGUGUAAUCCACCUCGCGAACAUUUUGACAUAGCCUACCCAGCAUUCUCUCAUAUUGCUGAAUACAAGGCUGGCAUUGUCCCGGUUGAAUAUCGAAGAGUUCCAUGCCGAAAGAAAGGAGGCAUUCGAUUUACAAUUACUGGGAACCCCUACUUCAAUCUAGUUUCAGUAUGGAACGUGGGAGGCACAGGAGAGGUUGUUAGCGUGCUAGUGAAGGGUGAUGACAAGUUGAAAUGGACAGAGUUGAAAAGAAAUUGGGGACAAAAGUGGGAGACCGAUCAAAGGCUGAUUGGAGAGUCACUGACCUUCAGAGUUAGAGCAAGUGAUGGUAGAUACUCAACUUCAUGGCAUGUUGUCCCCAAAAACUGGCAGUUUGGCCAAACUUUCGAGGGUAAGAACUUCAUGUAG